AUGGACGCCCGCCUGGCCAUCCUCCUCGUCCUCUUCCUCGCGGCCGCGGCGUCCUCACCGCUGGCCUCCGCGCAGCUCGACAGAGAGUUCUACAAGACGUCGUGCCCGGACGCCGAAAAGGUCAUCUUCGACGUCGUCCAGAAGCGGUUCAAGGCGGACGACAGCAUCGCCGCCGGCCUCCUCCGCCUCGUCUUCCACGACUGCUUCGCAAACGGCUGCGACGCGUCCAUCCUGAUCGACCCGCUGUCGAACCAGGCCUCCGAGAAGGAGGCGGGCCCGAACGUCUCCGUCAGGGGCUACGACGUCAUCGAAGAGAUCAAGACGGAGCUGGAGAAGAAGUGCCCGGGCGUGGUGUCCUGCGCGGACAUCGUCACGACCAGCGCCCGGGACGCGGUGCGCCUGACGGGCGGCCCCGCCUACGAGGUGCCCAUGGGCCGGCGCGACUCGCUCACGUCCAACCGCGAGGACGCGGACAACCUGCCGGGCCCCGACAUCGCGGUGCCCAAGCUCAUCGACGAGUUCUCCAAGCAGGGAUUCACCCUCGAGGAGAUGGUCGUGAUGCUCGCCGGCGGCCACUCCAUCGGCAUCUGCAGGUGCUUCUUCAUCGAGGCCGACGCCGCGCCCAUCGACCCGGAUUUCAGGAAGAACAUCAGCUCGGCUUGCGACGGCAAGGACUCGGGCAACGUGCCCAUGGACUUCCUCUCGCCCAACACCUUCGACUCGAGCUACUUCGGCCUAGCUCUGGCCAAGAAGAUGCCGCUCACCAUCGACCGGCUGUUGGGGAUGGACUCGAAGACGGAGCCCGUGCUUAAGGCCAUGGAGGCAAAGCCUACCGACUUCGUCCCCUUGUUCGCCAAGGCCAUGGAGAAGCUCAGCGUUCUCAAAGUUAUCACAGGGAAGGAUGGCGAGAUCAGGAAGACGUGCUCCGAGUUCAACACCGCUCCGGCCAGCGGCGGCUCGUCGGUGAUUCGGGUCAGCUCCUUGAACCCCGAGGACCAGCUGCUGGGGGGACUGCCACAGCCAGGGGGCAGGAAGGCGGGCGGUCCCGUGGAUCCGGCCGUCGACGCGCCCCUGUCCCCCAGCGAGCUAGAAGCCAAGAGGCUGAAGAAUGAAGGCAAGAUCGCCAAUACCAACGCCGAUGAGGCGGCCGCCAAGGUUUUGGGCGGAGUCGUCGUCAACGAAGGCGGCGUAAUCCAGCCACCCAAGGUUGUGCCACUAAUCGGCGAGGAGCCCAAGAAGGACGCCGGUGUCCCAGCAGCCGGUCAGGUGCCAGAGAUCGGCAAGGCCGUGGGCAUCGAGGAGAGCAAGAUGGUGGCUCCUGGCAACAAGAUCCUGGGCGACGAGCCGGGCAGCAAGUUGCCGGGACCCGAGGAGGUUAAGCCGGGACCCAAACUCCGCGGAGCCGGGCUGUAG